UGACAGCCAGGGAACACAUGAUUUUCAGAGACGUCAAUAGAUGGACUAAACAGUAAUUUGCUUGUUUUUUAUGUUUUUAAUGUGUUAUCUGAUAGUCACAGUUUAUCUCCAGAAUGACUGUUGCGGAUCUCUGGGAUCAGAGAAUACCUGCCUUUCUACUGAGUCCGUCUCAGUUUCUGGCCACCACCACAUCUGAGAGUUUCUUGGCUGAACUUCUAGACGAACUGCGGAAUGAUAAGGCCAAUGAUCAACUCAAGAUACUCAUUGUGUCUGUGCUACUGGAGCAUCCAACCAUUCUCUGCCAUUCUACUUCACUGGGAGAAGAAACGGCCCUUGAACUUCUGUCAGUCUUCUCUCACACGCCACAGAAAUCCAUCAGCCUCAAGUGCAAUGUCAUGCUGGCCAUCACCAACGUGAUAAUAUGCACGUCCUGCUUGGCCACCCACACAAAGAUGGCUGAAGACUGGCUGGACCUUCUAUUUCAGACAAUUCAGGACACCAAUGACUACAGAUGUGGGCUUUCCCAGCAGCCUUUAAGGGCCACCGCCUGCGACUGCCUCCGAGAAAUGGAAACCUGUAGCCCCGGUCUUCUUUCUCAAAAGUUAGAGGCCCUGUAUCUUCUAAAACAGCAAGAAACUACAGUUCUGCAUCAGUCCUACUGUAUGCUGUAUACACUAGGCCUGAAGAACGCCAUACGGAUCUUGACGAACCAAAAAGAUGUUACUGACCUAGUGUUUAAGAGCAUCCUAGGAGGAAAUGAAGGGUUUGCAUGGAAAAGUAACCAGUUAGGCUCGACCUUCUUGCCGAUAAACAUGAUGGUGCAAGUCCCACGAUUGCCACCUGGACUGGAUUGUAAGGAACUCAAAUCUAUAUUGUCUUCACUCUUGGAGGAGUCUUACCUGCUAACACCCACUUCCCAGUCUGCCCUGCUCAGGGAGCUUGUAGAAGUUGUCGCCAUGGUGCCGGGACUUUCUCCAACGUUAUUUAAAUCGCAACUUCUGAGACUCUUCGGAACUGCAGAAGUCGAGCUCAUGCAUGCCACACUCUUCAUGAAAGAAACGUUCACAGACAGCCUUUUCACAGCUGAGGAUGAGAACUUCCUCCUCAAGCGUCUCGUGAGCACGGCCCAGCAUCCGCUCCUAAGAAUUCCUGAGAAGCUCUUCUACAUGGACUGCAUUCUGCACUUCCCCGAGAACCGGCCCAUAUCCUGUAGCGGAGAAGAGAGUUUACCGGUGCUGGUUACGCCACGUCUGGCAGCAUCUCUUCUUCCAACAGUUUUCAACGAUAGUGCUACGAUGCUCUGCAGGCUAAACCUUCUUUGUCUGGUGUACCUAGAAGCAGAUGAGGGCGAAGAACAGAAAGGGAUCGACUACCUGUUUGAUCACAUAAUGGCCCUUUUGAGAAUCGUAGACGGAGAUGGUAGCAGAGAAGUGGUGGUGACCUCUUUCAGGGCGGUGUAUAUUUUUCUCAUGCACUUCAGCGGCAUGGAAGAACUCUCUGAGAAGCUGAUCGACAAAUUAUGCGGCAUGUAUUCCCGACAAUGCCGACUAGCUCCAAAUUUGAUCGACCUCGUGGACCGCACCCAGGAGUGUCUCGACGACCACGUCUGGUCUGUUAAGUUGUUGAGAGGGCUUCAGAAAUGCAUUAUGGACAUGCCACCAUUGCAGUUGACGAUUCAUAAUUUGAGCUGGCACUUGAAAGUCUUGAAAAGAGUGGCUAAAGAGGGUCGGAUCACCCAGAGGAACACCAUUUACCUUCUUCUCAAUGUUCUCAUCAACUCCAACUUGUGUGAAAGAGGCAAAUGGCAGGUUGGAAACGCAGUUCUUGCGGUUUGCCGCAAUCUUUUGGAGCACCCUUCCAUCGAUCAAGUGUUUAUCGAGUUGGCUGAUCUUUUGCAAUACAUAUCGGUUCAUUAUGACGACACGGACAUUAAGGACCACGCUCGAUUCUACUACUCAUUGCUAACCAAUCUUUCGUGGGAAAAGAUGACGGGGGUUCUCGCCAAGGGUCCUGAUGGAGGACGUGCCAAAGAGCGGUCGCAUUCUGCCACAAUGGCUGAGAGCGAGGGGAUCGCCAGUAACCUGACUGUGCGCAAAACCGAGCGGCAUGUUUUGCGACUCGUCAAGGUGCAGGAGAAAUCCUUGCAAGUCUCUUCGGAAAGUCCAGAAUCGUUGGAAGCAACAGAAGAGACUAAGAAAUGGUUGGAGGUUUAUCAAGAACAGUUCCAGGUGCCGGGUUUUGGGUCGGAGAUCACUUUGAGGUACAAUCUGACUCAUGCAAAUGAGGCUGAUACUUUAUUCAGUAGAGUCUUUACGAUUUGUCUGCAUUUCGAGCGGAAAGAUUUAAACUAUGCAAAGGUAAGCGAUAUACAUGUACCAUGUGUGUUCAGAGACCGAAAGCCACCCGAGGUCAACGUAAAGCUCAGACCAUUUCAACCCUACCCCACUUCUUUAUGCGUCAGUGCAAUAUUUACCACCCAAGAUGGACGCACUUGGCACAGCCGACUGCCUGACGUGAGCAUUUCAUUCCCUGAGAUAUUCCUUCCUCUGCCUUUACCGCUAAGUACAUCACGUGCAUGUAAAGAGGAAGUGUUCGACCGCAUCUGGGAGGCCGCAGCCUCUGGGAGUCCUGACAAAUCUGCCAUUAGUCUGUUCUGUUUCAAAACUGGAGAUGAAAGUCUAGCUGAUCUGAUCAAGACACAUUUUCAGGGUUACCUGAUUACUGACGAGAAAAGCAAAGGAUUGUGGAAAGUCUUGUUCUUUCUUCCACCAAUGUGCCACGUCCUUUUGAAGAUUACUCAGGCUGAGGACGCAGUUCAGGUCAGCAUCGCAACGGACAACUGGGAGCUGUUACCCUUUGUGAACUCUUACCUCCAAAACAUUACUGAUCAUUGUAGCACAACAGGAACAGAUGGCUAAAUGGGUGCUUGGUUCAUUCGGUCAAUUCAUUGAUUUUUACCAAUUCAAUUUAUUUUAUUGCUUCCUUGUAUUGAUAUAACACUGUUUUUUUGUAUUUAAAAUCUUUGAGUAAUGUGUUUAAUAAAGUAUAUGUAAGGCAA